AUGGCACUGAAGUACAUUGUUGGUUCUGUGGUUGCAUCCUUUGCUUUUGCAUACGUUUGUGACACUGCUACUUCUGACCAUAAGUUGUUUGGAGGUACUACUCCAAAGACCGUUGCUACCGAUGAAUGGUGGAAAGAGACGGACAAAAAAUUCCAGGCGUGGCCUUUAACUGCUGGUCCUCCCGUGGUUAUGAACCCCAUCAGACGCCAAAAUUAUAUUGUCAAGUCUUGA